AUGAAAUCAUUUGUUGUUGUUGUGGUUGUUAUGUUGGCCUCUACAGCGGCAGUGGAUUCGAAAGUCCUACGCAGUUGGAGACCGGUAAAAAACGUGGACGAUCCACUUAUGAAAUUUUUAGGCAAUUUCGCUGUUAAGGAGGACGACAGGCUAACUGGAAUGAAGCUGACGUUUGAGAAGAUCGUCCAAGCUGAAUACCGUUCUGGAGGGAAUGGCUACAAGUAUCACCUCAUCCUUUCCGCCAAUGACGGUUUCACUUCUAACAUGUAUGCAGCCAAUGUGUCUGUCACUUGGAAACUCAAUGCAUUUGGAGCUUUUCAUGCUUAA